CAUGAGUUCUCCCCAUCAAAUAUCAAAUGCACUUCGCCGACUGAACAACGGCCAACAUCAACCGCCCACGACGAAUACGAAUGCCGCGGCCGCUGUCGAUGCCGCCCAGCAGCAAGCAUCUGUCGCCGGCCAGUCAACUAAACAUGCCCGCCGUCCCUCGCGUCAUCUGAGCAGAGCAGCAAGCAGGCCGCCUGCCUGCCCGCCAUGACGACUGUUGGGGCAGCACCAGUGCCGCCGCCGCCAAGGGAGCCGACGCCGCUGCUCAAGAAGACGGCCCCGACCGCGCCCACCACCAGCACCGAGUCUCUGGCGUCGACGGGCCCGAGCAGGGCCAAGAGCCGGGGGGCGACCACGCCGUCGGGCCACGCGGGCCAGCAGGACGCCGCCACACCCCUUCACCAGCGGCCCAAGGGCCCCCCGCAGCCGCGUCGGUCGGCUGCGCGAGCCGCGCCAGGGUCAGACCCCCUGUCGGAGCGCGCGACUACCCUCCUCAUCCGCCGCACCCUCUGCCCGCAGCAGGGCGGUGGCGACAAGGGCCGCACCCCGGCGCCCAUCGAGGACCUCCUGCCGCCCCUCACCAGCCGCAACGACGUCGACCUCCAGCUCUACGCCAUCAUCGCCAUCGUGCUGCGCGACUUCGUCCAGACUUGGUAUGGCAAGAUCACGCCCGACGACGACUUUGUGGCCGAGAUCGUCCAGGUCAUCGCCCACUGCACCCGCGCCCUCGAGCAGCGGCUGAGGAAGGUGGAUCUGGAGAGCCUGUUGCUUGACGAGCUGCCCGAGCUAUUGAGCCGGCACAUCGAUGCAUAUCGCAUCGCCCACCGGCCAAUAGUGCGCCCCCCACUCGAUGCGAACCCCCGCCAUAUCUACCAUUCGUUGUGGCCGGCCCCAGCCCUGUCGCCAGUCCCCUCGGACGCCGCCGCCGCCGAGGAGCAGGCAUCCAACGAGUCUGCCUAUCGCCAGCUGCUCGCUGAGGGCGUGCUAGCGGUCCUGCUCCCCACUGAGGACCUUGAGAACCCGUGUCUAACGACCCUGGUUGGCCAGAUCCUUUCCGAGCUAAUCAUCGGCGGAGUGGUCGCCAGGAAACUGUCGGAGCCGUGGCUAAUUUGGGAAAUCAUGGCGUCGAUGGCGCGGGGAAAGAAGCAGGAGGAGAAGAAGGCUAGCUCUGAUGCUGUCACAUCCCCUGCGCUCGCCUCGGACGCGAGGCCACCACCGCCGCCAACUCGGACGAGGAGCUCAACGGCGACGCCAACGCCAACCACGACCACUACACCAACAGCAGCAACCACGACCCCACCAGAGUCCAGGCCGACGAUGGCUGGCUAUGCCGCGUCGCUUCAGCAGCUAUUUUGGUCCAUGGUGCACACAGGGUUCCUUGCCUUUGCCCUCCUCCGUGCCCUUGUCGUGACCCUGGCCACCUACCGUUCGGUCCCGUCUCGUUUGGGGGUUGCCGUGGCCAGUCACGGCCGCAAAGGAGGAGCAGUCACAGCGCCAUGGGCGGUGGAGACGCCAAUAUCCCCAGCUACAGCAGACAAGGCGCCGCAGCCUCGGCACCCCAGGACCAAGGUGCCCGUGGCCGUCUUCGGGAUCUGGACGGCAGCGUCGAAUCUGCUCGAGGUGGAGGCUCGGAUGCCCUGGCUCCGCGGCUGCCUCUCGCUGGCCCAGUGGGUGGCCAUCACGGGCCCUGGCCAGCUGGCCGGCCUCGACGGCCCCGUGGAUAGGUAGGACAGAACAUGCAGCUCGUCAUCUCCCCGUCCCUCUCACGCCCCUCCUGUUUCUCCUCCCCCCUCCCUCUCCCCAUCCUCAUCCUCCUAGUUCGGCUAUCGUGAGUGCCCUCCUGCAUACACGGCAGGCGAAGCUGCAUGUAGCCCAGGUCACUGGACCUCCCGGUUUCAUCCAUUCAUGUGCUCUAAUGGCAAUUUCCCGCCUUCUUCCUCCCCAGCCCAGUCUAUGCGGUCAUUUCCUUCACACCCUCUUGCUCCUCGUGCGUAUCUCGUUUCGCCAGCGUCCGGGCAUGGCGGGUGAUGUAGAGAAGGGGUGGAGAUGAGGUGGAAGAGCCGCCCAGUGACAGUUGCUCUGUGGCUGGCUCGACGAAGCAAGCCGCUUCUCGUCUCCCUAGUGGGCCGCACACCACUCACUCGCCCACGUCCAGUCCACCCUCUUUCUCACUCGUCCGCAGCAGCCCUCGACUCGCUUGCUCAUGCACACUCCCCAUCACUCGGCCCCAGAGACAGAUGGUCAUCCCGUCACGACCACCUUCACAUGUCGCCGCCGUCCCUCUUCUAAAUUGCUUCUUUUUACCAUGGCGCUCCCAUUCUGCCCUGGCAUGACAUGACAUGACAUGUCACGGGGGUUCGCGACGCGAGAUGCGCGCCCGCCAAUCCGCAGCCAAAAGCUGGCUGGCUCGAGGUCAAAAGGCCUGCCGACAUCGUCGCCUGAAGCAAGCACCCCUGCAGUGGAGUACCCCAGCAGGCACGGCAUGGAGCCAGGAAGGGAAAGCACCGGCGGCGUCCUCCUCUCCAGGUGCGACGCAGCCAGCCGGCGUCGGGCCAAUGGGCGGGCGACCGACGGGUGCUGCA